CAAAAAUGUUUUGCGAAAAAAAGAAUCAAAUUAUACCAUACCAAUUUGUAUCAGUUGUCGAAGGAUACAAUGGACACAAAUGGACCCUGGUUGAUACUUUUGUAAAUCUUGAUUUUCGAUCUUGUUCAAUUAUUUGUUGUUCAGUAGCUAAUCUAAUCACAUUGUUUUGAAAAAAAAGAACAUUUUCUGUAUAACUAACGUUCUCAUAUAUUUGAUGAUAUUCAGUCAGUUGACUAUUGUUUUUAUCUUCAUAAAUCUGUUCAUAUAAGAUUCAGGGAUAUGUUGAUGGAUCAGAUUAUCAGUUUGAUAACCUGAUCCAUCACUUGUUCUAUCAUAACGCUCAAAUUUAUUGUUUUGUUUAUUACGUAAAUUAUUUUACUUAUAAAAAUUGUGUUUAGA